AUUCUUUUUUCCGUUGAUUGUGACCUUGCAUGAAUUCAGUUACGCUCAGUAACCACACUUGUACUCCUUUGGCACGAUCUCGGUAUUCCUUCGAUACCACGAGAUAGUGUCCGGCCAACGGAUCCGAAGUAUUCUGCGUAGACAGCUGUUAAUAAAAACCUGUAUCUUCCAGAUGAAAACGAAACAUUAACAAAAUAAAAUUAAUGGUCCGAAAAUUGAAUUACCAAGAAUGAUACAUAUGAUAUAAUAAGGCCUGCUAUUGAUCAAUUAUCUACAAUUGCUUGUUUAGUGAAUAAUGUUGGUAUGGGAUUACCAUUAGAGUUAUUUACUGGUCAAAUGGAUUCACCAAAUGAAGAAUCAAUAAGAAAUAUCAUUCAUUGUAACAUUUUGUCUACAGUAAUGAUGACAAGUAUCAUUCUACCAAAAAUGUUAACACAGAAAGGACCUAAUCCUGGUAUUAUAAACAUUGCAUCUUAUUCAGCACUUAGAACAACUCCAUAUUUAACUGUAUAUUCUUCAACAAGAGCGUUUAUCAUACAAUUUUGUAAAUGUUUAUCUACUGAGACAUUUCAAAAGAAUGUGAUUAUACAGACAUUAUGUCCAUUAAUUAUCUAUACCACAAUGACUGAACAUGAAAAACCAUCAUAUUUUAAUCCAUCGGCUAAAUUAUUUGUUCAUAGUGCAUUAAAUAUGUAUGAUGUAGUACAACAAACUACUGGUUAUAUAUUACAUGAAUAUAAAGCUUAUUUAUUUGAUUUAUUACCAACAUCAUUAUGGAUACUAUUGACACAUGCUAGAGUGAAUGCACGUAAGAAAUAUGUAUAAUGGUAUAGUAUGGUAUGAUAUUGUUCCGAUAAACAUAAUAAAUGGUAGCUUUGGAGAUCCAUUUCUAGACUAAUACUAUACAUACAUUCUUAUUGUAUGACUGUUACGUAGCUAAACUAUUCAUAUUCAUAUUCCUCUUAUUGUAAGCUUUAUUUUGACCUAUGUACUAUUAUUAUAUGAUUUAUCAUUCUUGAAUUAUGCCCUGUCUAUUAGUCACUGCCUCCCUCACUCACAGCCACAUUUGGCUAGAUCUUGUGCAAAUGUUGUUUCCUAUUUUAUGGUACGAUGUGGUCUGUUUUGUUUGUAUAUAAACCGAGUAUGUUUGAAAUAUAAUGAUUCAUAUUGCAG